AUGGGUUUGUUGGGUACAGAUCAGGGCAAAGAUUUUGCUUUGGAGGCUGAUGGUAUCUUAAGAUUCAGAGGCAGAGUCUGUGUUCUUGAUGAUGUUGAGAUGAAGAGGUUGAUCCUUGAGGAGGGACAUCAGAGUCAUUUUAGCGUGCAUCCUGGCAUGACUAAGAUGUAUCAGGACCUCAAGGAAUCUUUCUGGUGGUCUGAGAUGAAAAUGGUCGAAGGUCAUGAUGCCAUUUGGGUUGUUGUAGACAGGUUAACCAAAAGUGCUCAUUUCUUGGCGGUUAGUCUGAGGAUGUCUAUGGUGAAGCUUGCACAAUUGUAUAUCAGAGAGACAUUGAGGCUGCAUGGGGUACCGUCGAGUAUAGUGUCAGACUGGGAUCCACGGUUUAGAUCCAGGUUUGGGUAG